AUGUCUGCCCCUGCCCAGUUCCAGGUUCCCCUGCCCACCGCCACCGGCCUCUCUGCCCCUGCUGGCCAGAUCGUCAAGGGUGCUGCUGACGACAGCGGCAACCUGAAGGAUGCCGCUCUCCUGCUCGGCAUCAAGCUCGACCUCGAGGCCGAGGUCCACCUGACUGCCCGUGUCAAGGGUGAUGUCGUUGUUGGUCUCUACUAG